GAUCAACUCUAGACGGUUUCAUUGAGUCUGAAAAGGGCCUGAGAUAUAAACAACUUUACAGGAAAAGAUUAUUGAAGAACAGUCUGAUAUACUGAUUUUUUUUUGAAGGUAAGGUCCCCCGUUUCUUUCGCUUAAUGAAACGAUCCAGAUGCUUCCAGGUUAUAGUGAUUUCGCCAACCUUUCGCCCUCAGAGAUUCAAGCAGAACUACAACUCCCAGCAUGCUCUGCCACGCAAACCGUUGAAGCUCGCUCAGUGGAGAGGGGGUGACUGGAGAGGAGAAUCGCCAGAUUCCCCCAACGUAGAAAACGGAAGGUCGGUUGGGGGAAGCCGUCUUUUUCAGAGACUAACUGACAUUAUGGCCAGUAGUGUCGUAAAAAUUAUUUCUUGGACAAGCAUGGCUGUGGCUUCCUCUGCUUUUUAUUUCUGCACCAACAAAUACCUAGAUCCCAGUGAUUUUGGAGCGAUCAGAUUCGGCAGAGCUAUAGCCACGACUGCUGUCAUUAGCUAUGACUAUUAUUUUUCUCUACGGAAAAUUCCUCAAGACCCCAAGGAGUAUGACGAAAUCAAAUCUAAGGUGCAUCUUCGCUCAGCUGAGCGCCUUCGUAAACUUUGCUUCGCCAACCGAGGCACCUUCAUCAAAGUGGGCCAGCACCUGGCAUCCCUGGAGUACCUCCUGCCUUCAGAAUAUACACGUACUUUGAAGGUCCUUCAGAGCCAGGCCCCACAAAGCCCUCUGGAAGACAUCGAGCAAGUGAUUGAAGAAGACCUUGGAAAAGAGAUAAAAGAUAUAUUUAAGAGUUUUGACAAGACCCCACUUGGGACUGCCUCCCUUGCCCAAGUCCAUAAGGCUGUAUUGCAUGAUGGAAGAACCGUCGCUGUGAAGGUCCAACACCCAAAGGUGCAGGCUCAAAGCUCUAAGGACAUUAUGCUGAUGGAGAUGCUUGUUUCAGCUGUAAAGUACUUAUUUCCUGAAUUUGAAUUCUCCUGGUUAGUGGAUGAGGCAAAGAAGAAUUUGAUUCUGGAACUAGACUUCCUCAAUGAAGGGAGAAAUGCCGAAAAGAUGGCUGAAAUGUUAAAAAAUGUUGAAGCCUUAAAGAUUCCUAAAAUUUAUUGGGAACUGUCCACUCGACGGGUCCUUCUGAUGGAAUUUUUGGAAGGUGGGCAGAUCAACGAUAAGGAAUAUAUAGUGAAGAACCGAAUUGACGUUAAUGAGAUUUCUCAAAUAUUGGGAACAAUGUAUAGUGAAAUGAUUUUUGUUCAUGGAUUUGUACAUUGUGAUCCUCACCCCGGCAAUUUGCUGGUGAGGAAAAAUGCCACAACCAGGAGGGAAGAAAUUAUUUUACUUGAUCAUGGGCAGUACCAGGUCUUGACAGAGGAGUUUCGCCUGAAUUAUUGUCACCUCUGGCAGGCCCUAAUCAAUGUUGAUAUGGAAAACGUGAAAAUUUACAGCCAGCGGCUUGGGGCAGGAGACCUAUACCCUCUAUUUGCUUGUAUGUUGACUGCCCGGACCUGGAACUCCGUCACCAAAGGCAUUAGCCAGGCGCCACUCACGAGUAGGGAGAAUCAAGAACUUCAAAAAAAUGUUACCACCUACCUCCCACAGAUAAGCCAACUUCUUAACAGAGUUCCAAGACAAACACUACUCAUCCUGAAGACCAAUGACCUUCUCCGCGGAAUCGAAACCACCUUGUGUACACGUGCCAGUGCUAGCUCAUUUCUCAUCAUGUCACGCUGCUGCACCCGAGCCCUUGCCGAACAUCGCAGAAAGAACACCUGCUCACUGCUGAAGAAAACACAGAUCUCUGUUGGAGAGUCUUUUUGUCUUUGGCAAAUCAACUUGCACGAACUCUUCCUACGCGUGAAAUGGUCCUGGCUUGGCAAUUGGGUUUCCACCUACCUCUUUUGGAAGUCCUCCUCAGACUGAGGAAAUGGACUACAACUUUCUUGCCCUUAACAGUGAUUAAGGCAAGAAAGGAUAAUUUCUUCAAUGUUGUGAUGAAUGGAACACCAGUCAUGUUUUUUUUUUCCUGUGGUUGUAACCUAUGAUGUGUCUUCCCUUCCCCCUCCUCUGUCUGUUAUCCUCUGUCUAUUGUCUUCUGUUGUCCUCUGUCUGUUGGUCUCUGUUGUCCUCUGUCUAUUUUCCUCUGUUGUCCUCUGUCUGUUGUCCUCUGUUGUCCUCUGUCCGUUUUCCUCUGUUGUCCUCUGUCCAUUGUCCUCUGUUUUUCUGUCUGCUGUUAGUAUACACCAAUAGUCACCGAAUCUACUAGCUCUCUCGUAAAAAGGUGGAAUACCUUUUUCACUCCCCUUCUUCUUUUGGAGCAAGAGGAAAAUUUGGGUAGGAAAAAACCCCACCAGCAAUUUGUUUCCUCCACCUCGGAAGCCCUGUACCAUUGAAUUUUGGGUACCAGAGCUCCCAACAAUCAAUCCAUCUUCUUUUCUCAAAGAUAGAACCUCGGGAGUAGAAUUCUAUUAUUUUUUUAUAUGGCAAGCUAUAUAACUCAUCUGCUGGAAUCCUCACUUGCCGAAUGGAUACUGCUUCCAUUGCUGAAUAGAUAGUGCUUCCCAUCACUGGGAUUAAGUUGGACUCCAGAAAAAGGGGAUCAUGACAGAUGAUUUUUUUACCAGUGGUGUUGCCUUGACUCCGUUUGGAAAGAAAUUGGGCAUUUCUUUCUAGGCCCUCCACACCAAAAAGUGUAAGAAAUGAAGAAAAUCUAUGAGAUAGAAGACAUUCUAUUUGUACUGCGAGCCUUGUCCAGAUAACAUAAACUAUAUUGUUUCCUGUUAAGGUUAUUGUUGUCCUCUGACUGUUGUCAGUAUGCCUCAAUAGUCACCAAAUCUACUAGCUCUCUCUUAAAAAGGUGGAAUACCUCUUUCACUCCCCUUCUUCUUUUGGAGCAAAGAAGAAAACUUGGGUAGGAAAAAAACCCCACCAGCAAUUUGUUUCCUCCUCCUCCGAAGCCCUGUACCAUUGAAUUUUGGGUACCAGAGCUCCCAACAAUCAAUCCAUCUUCUUUUCUCAAAGAUAGAACCUCAGGAGUAGAAUUCUAUUAUUUUUUUAUAUGGCAAGCUAUAUAACUCAUCUGCUGGAAUCCUCACUUGCCGAAUGGAUACUGCUUCCAUUGCUGAAUAGAUAGUGCUUCCCAUCACUGGGAUUAAGUUGGACUCCAGAAAAAGGGGAUCAUGACAGAUGAUUUUUUUUUACCAGUGGUGUUGCCUUGACUCCGUUUGGAAAGAAAUUGGGCAUUUCUUCUCCACACCAAAAAGUGUAAGAAAUGAAGAAAAUCUAUGAGAUAGAAGACAUUCUAUUUGUACUGCGAGCCCUGUCCAGAUAACAUAAACUUUAUUGUUUCCUGUUAAGGUUAUCGUUGUCCUCUGACUGUUGUCAGUAUGCCUCAAUAGUCACCGAAUCUACUAGCUCUCUCUUAAAAAGGUGGAAUACCUCUUUCACUCCCCUUCUUCUUUUGGAGCAAAGAAGAAAACUUGGGUAGGAAAAAACCCCACCAGCAAUUUGUUUCCUCCUCCUCCGAAGCCCGUCCUGUUGAAUUGGGCACCAGAGCUCCCAAUGAUACAUUUUCUUUUCUCAAAGAUAGAACCUCGGGAGUAGAAUUCUAUUUUUUUUAUAUGGCAAGCUAUAUAACUCAUCUGCUGGAAUCCUCACUUCCGAAUGGAUAUUGCUUCCAUUGCUGAAUAGAUAUUGCUCCAGAAAGAGCAAAUCAUAACAGAUGAAGCAAAAGAACAUGAUUGUUUGUUUUUUACCGGUGGUUUCCCUUGGCUUGUAUUGGAAAUAAAAUGGGCAUUUCUUUCCUAGUCCUCCACACCAAAAAGUAUAAGAAAUGAAGAAAGUCUACGAGAUAGAAGACAUUCUAUUUGUACUUCGAGCCCUGUCCAGAUAACAAACUUUAUUGUUUCCUUGUUAUGGUUAUUGUCCUAAUAAAAACUUCAGUGUUAAAAAAAACAAACAAACAACUUCCUGAUAUAUAUACUUUUGGUGCCAUCCCUAAUGAGAUGCCAUAAUGUAUGUUAAUGACCUUUACCAAGGUCUACUGGUCAUAGACCAACACCUCAUGCCAUAUAUCAAAGUAAAGUGCAUACAUAAUUUAGAAAUAAAGGGGUGAUAGGGAGCAACCCGGUAACUCAGUAGAUGAAGAGUCAGACCUAGAGAUGGGACCUGGGUUCAAACUGGCAUGAGACACUUGCCAGCUGUGUGACUCUGAGCAAGUCACUUAACCCCCAUUGCCUAGCCUUUACCGCUCUUUUGCUUCAGAACCAAUGCACAGUAUUGAUUCCAAGACGGAAGGUAGGGGUUUAAAAAAAAGAAAGAAAAAGGGCCACCACUACGUUGUAGUCAGGGGUAAAGUAUAGAUAGGAAAAAAAUAAUAAACUUGAAAGACAAGCAGAAUUCCAGAAAUCAGAAUUGUGGCAAUAUUGUUACGAUGAUCAACUGUGAAUGACUUUGCUAUUCUGACCAAGAUAAUUGCAGAGGACUUAAUGAUGAAAAAUACUAUCCACCUACCCAGAGAGAACUAUAGAUUGAAGCAUAUUUUUCUCACUUUAUUUUUCUUGGAGUUUUUUGGUAACAUGGCUAAUAUGGAAGAAGUAUGUUUUACAUUAUUUCACAUAUAUAAUUGAUGUCACAUAUUUUACCUUUGUAAUGGGGGGGAGGGAUAGGAUGGAGAGGGAGAGAUUUCAGAACUCAAAAAAAUUUAAUGAAUGCUAAAAAUAAAUAAAUUAUAGAAUGUGUUUUAAAAGGAAGGCAGUUCAAAUCCUAAUUCUGGGUCAGCUAGAUGGCUUAGUGGAUAAAGAGCCAGGCCUGGAGUCCAGAGGACCUGGCUUCAAAUCUGGCCUCAGAUAGUUCUACCUGUGUGACCCUGGGCAAGUCACUUAACUCCAAUUGCCUAGCCCUCAGUGCUUUUACUUAGUAUCUAAGACAGAAGGUAAGAGUUACAAAAAAAAAAAAUCCUACCUCAGACACUAGCUAUUUGACCUUAAACAAGUCAUUUAAGCCAUGUCUACCUCAGUUUCCUCAAUUGUAAAAUGGGGAUAAUAAUAGCACCCACCUCAAGGUUGUUGUGAGGAUGAAAUAAGAUAUUUAUAAAAGGCUUAGCACACUUUUAUUGGCAAAAAUGUCAAUAAAUGUUUGUUCCUUCUUUCUGAUGAGAUCAGAGUAUGUAACAAGGUAAGAGAAUUUUCAGAGCUGCUUUAAUUCUGUUUCACCUAAUCCUCCAGAACAGAAAAGUCCUGGAUUUGAUUGGACUUCAGCUCAUAUGCUCCCUUUAAAGGUACUAUGAGAUUUGAAGGUGAAAGGAAUAUCAUCUAGUCUGUUUAGUGGCAUUUUAGUUGUGGUUUAAAGGAAUUUGAUAGACUAAAAGAGAGUUGGGCAUCUAGGUUGCUCAGUGGAUAGAGCACAGGUCCUGGAAUCAGGAAGACCUGAGUUCAAAUCUAGCUUCAGAUAGUUACUUAGCUGUGUGUGACCCUGGGCAACUCACUUAACCCUGUUUACCUCAGUUUGCUCAUCUGUAAAAUGAGCUGGAGAAGGAAAGGCAAACCACUCCAGUAUUUUUGCCAAGAAAACCCAAAUGGUGUCAUGAAGAGUCAGACAUGAUUGAAAUGACUGAAUAAUAACAACAAAAGGGAGAUGGAUGACAUUCCAAGCCUCUCCCACCAUAGAGAAGGAUACUGAAGUUCCCAGAGGGCAAGUGACUUACUCAAGGUUACACAAGAAGUCAGUAUUGGAGUUGAGAUUCUCCUUCCUCUGGUACAAUGCAACUUUAUAUUGGGCAGUCAUUUCAGUGAUCAAGAACUAUUCUCAGGCCCCUCUAAGUCUCCCCAGAAAAAUUCUUUUGAAAACCCUGUCUUUAAUCACAAUAUUUGUGGCAUUUUAGAUUUCAAUGGCCCAUCAUGGUCACUGGGAGUUUUGAAUUUUAUGGGGAAAGAUAGUCUUUAACUUCCUUAGAGACAAUAUGGUAUAACAGUCAUGAAGAUCUGAGUUCAAGUGUUGCCUCUGGAACAUAUUAACUGUGUGACUCUGGAUAAGUCACUUAACUCCUCACUGUCCCCAAGCAAUCCUCUUAGACAUGAUGUGAUUCAGGAAAGUAUUAGUAGGAAUUCCUCCUCUGGAGAUUUCCAAGCUGGUGAAAUCCAGGUCCUAUCCAACAAUAAUUAAAUGCUUUCCUGGAUUUUGUUGUGUGGUUUUUCCAUAGUGUCUGAGGUUGCAUGAUUCCAUAAGGAAACUGGGCCAAAGUGAUCUGCCCAAGGUCCCACAAGCAGUGUUUGAAGUCAGGUUUAAACUCUGGAAGAUGAGUCUUCCUGGGUCUAAGCUUGGACUGCCCAACUAUCUUGGUAUUGGAAUUUAAAAGUUGCCAAUGGGUUGGCUUGCCAAAAAGCUAUAAUGUUUAUUCUGUGUUUGUUCUGUUGGUCAAUUUGGAAAUCAAAAAGUCCUGCUUUCAAGAAAAUGGUACUUUGGGAAUAAAAGAUUCAAGGGGCAAGUAGAUGGGGGGAGUGAUGGUGAAGUUGACCUGAAAGGGACUGACUAAAUUAGUCCAGUCUACACCCUGGGACCUGUUGGGGAGGGGGUAGUGUAGAUGGAGCUUAGCAAUUCAAUGUAACACAUUUUUACAAAGCAUCUGGAAUCAGCUUGUAAACAACAGGCAUAUAUUAAGCCUCUACUAUUACAAGGCACUGUUCUAAGCACUAGAUUUACAAAGAGGGGCAAAAAGUAGUCCCUUACUUGCUGGAGGAGCUGUGAAUUGAUCCCACCAUUUUGGAAAGUAAUUUGGAACUAUGCCCAAAGGACUAUAAAACAAUACAUCCUCUUUCUUUGAUCCAGUAAUACCAGGACUAGGUCUGUAUCCCAAAGAGGAAAAAAAGGAGAAAGUACCUGAUUGUACAAAAAUAUUUGUGGCUGCACUUUUUGUGGUCAUAAAGAAUUGGAAACUAAAAGAAUGUCCCUCCAUUGGGGAAUAGCUGAACAAAUUGUGGUAUAUGAUGGUGAUGAAAUACGAUUGAGCUGUAAGAAAUGAUGGACAGGAGGAUUUCAGAAAGAACUGGAAAGACUUUCAUGGACUGAUGCAGAGUAAAAUAAGCAGAACCAGCAGACGUUGUACACAGCAACAGCAAUAUUAUAUGAUGAUCCACUGUUGUGAAAGACUUGGCUCCUCUCAGCAAAUACAAUGAUCCAGGACAAUUCUGAAGGACUUAUCACAAUGCUAUUCACCUCCAGAGAUAGAACUGAGGAGUCAGAAUGCAGAUGAAAGCAUGUGAUUUUUCACUUGUUUAUUUGGAUUUGUGUUUUGGGAUUUUGGUUUCAUAAGAUUAUUUAUUUACAAAAAUGAAUAAAAUGGAAAUAAAAUAAAAUAAAACAGCCCCUGCUUUCAUGGGUCUCAUUAUUUAAUGGGGGAUUAAGAAAAAAAUAAGACAACAAGGCAUACAUAGGAUAAUCCAGAGGAAAAGUAGGGACAUCUAGGUCGAUAAAUGAAUUGACAGCUAGGCCUGGAAUUAGAAAGACCAAAGUUCAAAUCUGGCCAUAGACACUUCCUAGCUGUGUGACCCUGGGUAAGUCACUUAAUGAGAAUUAUCUGACCCUUAUCACUAAUCAUUCUUUUACCUCAGAAUGGAUACUUAUAGUAUCAAUUCUAGCCAAGAGUAAGGUUUCAAAUUAAAAAAAAAAGGCACCAAUAUUAAGGGGGAAGAGUUUCUUAUUAAAAACACCUCUAUGGGGAGGAAGGCCUGUCCUUAUGGUUUUUAGAGUCUACAACCAUGUUGGUGAACCUGUCAACUUGAAAUCUGUGAACCCCAAGUUUAUCUUAAAAGUUUCUCCCUUUGUAUCAAAGUCCUCUCCUAAGUAGCCCAACCCUUGGCAGGACUCUGUCUUUAGUAUCCAUUGUAAAGCAUCAGCCUCUCCCUGAUAAUCUGGACUUCUCAUUUCCUUGUAGCCAAUCAAUCAUACUUCCCUGUCUUUAAUUCCUCAAAAGGUGUAUAAGAUCCCUGUGUUUUAUUGUUCUUUGGAGAAUCAUCUAGUGUGGUGAUUCUCUCAGAGACACUGUUGCCAGAGACCCAGAGCCUUUGGUUCUGUGUGGUUUUUAAACUUUUGCUCUUGUGUGGUGGCUGAACGUUGAGCAUGUCUCUUGUCCUGAUUAAAGAUUUGGUUUUAUUACUAUUUUAGUGGUUUAUGUGUUUUUCAAAUUGUCAUAAAUGGAGGUCCCACCAAAAUUCAAAGUUAUGGAUUCUAGAAGUGUGGUACCCAUAGGAACACAUUGAGUUCCAGACUUUGAUUAGCAGGCUGGCUAGGUAAGUGAAAACUGAACAAAGAACUGGGGUCUGGUGUAUUUGGGAAGCAUGAACCAAUCUUUAAUUAGGGCUUCAUGGGUGGACACAGUGUCGUGCAGCUCUGGUGAGUCCCCUGUUGAGGGGAAAGUGGCAGAUUACCAAGUACCUGGGGGUUUGGGGAUAUAGAUGUGCAUAUGGUUGCCAAAAGUCACCUAACUCUGACCCAAUCAUUUUUUUCUUUUUGGCCAAAAUGAGUUUCUUUUCAAACUGACUGCAUCCUUCAUACUCAGGCAUAUUUUUGGUUUUGGAACCAAGGUUAAUUCAACCCAAGGGCUUAAUCUUAAGUUCUGGGUAACUGCCUUGAAUCAAUUAAAAUAGAGAAAGGUUCCUCAUGGCAGGAAAUACUAUAGCUCAAGGUUUUUAAUGGUUGUAAAUUUUUGGUGGAAAAGCUUCUCAUAGAAGCUUGAGAACUGAAGUUCUUGGUUUCUUUUGGAUUUUUUCUGGGUUUUCUCUAUAUUGUAUUUCUAAUGUAUUUCUUAGAUGGAAGCUUCUCUAAUAAUAACCUUAAAAGUUUGCAAUUUAAAUGUCAGCCAAUAAUGUCUGACAUUAUACUAAUAGUUGAUUCCUCCCAAAAGCUGAAAAAUAUAGGAAUUCGCUAUCUGGAUGUCAAAAUCUCCUACAGGAGACAAAGGAAGGUCCAGGAUUCAUAACAUUAAAUUUUAAUCUUUUCUUUCCAAUUUUGGUAUGGCUAAUGUGAGAAAAUAUUGCAUAUCAACAGCAGUUAAUUUUUAAUGAUCCUAGUAAUUAGAUACACUUUUAUUCUAGGUAUCAACUCUUGAUUUGAAUGCUCUAAUUUCACAUUUUGUUAAACUAUUACUUAUGUCUAGAGAACAAGGCUUUUCUGAAUAACGUGCAUGUGUUCUGGAGUAUAAGAAAAAUCAUUUUAGUUGGGUAACCAGCAAGCCUGACUAGUUAUUGUGUUGUUGUAAAUGGACAAGAAAUAUUUGGAAAAAUGCUUUGUGUUUAAUGGUAAAAGACCCUGAGCAUUUUAAAUGAACAACCAAAUUCCUUUUAGAAAUGGCUUCUGCCUUAGACGGAAAGAAAGAUGUUUAGGGCAUGGCUGAUGGAAAUGCAAUUUUUGGAGCCACAGGUGAAAUUAGAAUAAAAAGGUAAAGAAAUGGGGAUGGAUAGCCAUUGUAAUUUAAGUAAUCUAAAAAUUUUCCUUGAUAAUCCUAAAUUUUUGUCUUUGGUGAGGAAUCUUUAUGGAUUCUACUUUUUUGAGAAGUAAAGGCCAUGCAUUGCAGCCUAAUUUUUGAAGUUUUUUUAGGUAAAUUUCCAGAGUGCAACCAUUACAUAGAUAAGUUUGGGUUUUUUUUUUAAGACUAGUAAAUUCUGAUGAUUGCUCUACAUAGUAAUUUACCUUUAUCUCUUCCUUUUUUAAGUCUGGAAGACUGACCGUAUUCAGCAUCUACCCUUGAGUAUUAUUUUUUUCUGAUAGAUAACCAUUGGCACAGGCUGCUAUUAGUAAAGAAUUUUCCCAUCUGGGAAUUUUCUAGUGAUACUCUGCAUUUACCACUCCCAUCCUAAAUGUGGCUGAAGUUAUUAGAAUUUAUAAAUAUUAUUUGUGCUAGAUUUCUUGUGAGAAUUCAUCAGAAUCCCACGAACCCUAAUGAUUAUCCCAGCCAUUUCCUAGGGAGCCAAAACCUAGGCAAGAUUUUUACAGCCUGGAUCCUGGAAGAAAAGAAUUUACUGAAAACAUGUCUUCAAGGAACCUCACAGCCAUAGAAGAAAGACUUCACCAUGCCUCCAAGGACUACUGAACUGAAUAAGUAUUUUGUUUGUUCUUAUUUUCAGUGCCUUUUAGAAUUGUUGAUUAGAUUUGUUGAUAGAAUCUUGAACCACAUGUAAAAUUUGCCAUUUUUAUUUUUUCCCUGGAAAUUCUAAUAGUAUACAUUUACCUUUUAAGGUUAGCCAUUACCUUAACAUGAAAAGUAGAAAGGAAAAGAGCUAGUUCUCAUAACUAGCUAAAGUAGGAAAAUUUCAACUAGUAGCAUUUGAUUUUGUUAUGAGGCUUAAUAUAACAUCUAUUAAUUUGAAAGUUUACAACAAAAUUUCCAGAGGGCUUUUCUAGAAUUGCAUAAGAUACAGUUCAGUAUAGAUGUAGAAUUGCAAAAUGUAAUUUUCUCAAGGUGAUAUUAGAAGAAUUUAGGAAAGAGUAAUGGAGCCUGAUGAUUUUUAUGGAGAUAAAUGUUAACAAGAGAAUAGGUUGUUUUUUAACCCUGAACAUGAUGAUUGGAGGGAACUGCCAUUUAAGGUUGAAUUGUAUGGGAAGAUAACUGGAAAGAAUGCUAUGGAGAAAAUUGGUUAGUGAUGUAAGCAGUCCUAUGACUGACUUCUGGUAACUCAUGUAUAGUUCUGGAUAGGGGAAGGCUGAGAGGGUGCUCAGCUGAAUUCCUUAGAAAGAAAUUUCAGUGUCACAUCUGGCAGGUUCUACACAUGGCUAUGCAUCAUUGCCAACUUAUACAUGGCCUGAAUACUCUAAAUUACAGGAGCAUUUCUCCCUUAUUUUAGUUAUUUCCCUCUUUUGUCCUGUUAUGGCAAGUUUUUGGAAAUCAUGGAAAGUAGAAAGUCAUAGAUAGGCAAAUCUUAAAAAUAUAUAGGAAUUGAAGAGAUAGAUAUGUUUUUACAAUAUGAUUACUUUGAUAGAGUAAGACAGUUUUUUCUGAUCAAGUAUAUAGCUUACGUAUAUUUGUAAAUGGUAUAAAUUGAUAUUAAUAGAAAGAAUAAGAGGUUGUUAAAAACUAACUAAUGAGGUUUCUUUUAAUAUUGACCUAAGCACCAGUGUCAAGUACUAUUUAAGGAUUGAUAACAUUUAAAUCAGGCCAAAAUUAACAGCAUAGUUUAUUCCUAUAUGUAAUAGUGAGUAAAUAUAUGGAUAGUCGAUCAAUUUCUAUUGGAGAAUUUAGUUAUAGAUUUCUCAUGUUUUCUCUUCUAGCAAUGAAACUUCUACGAAAGAAAACGGACACUGAAGCCUUCAUCAAAACCCACUGGACUGGAAAGAUUGAAAGGCUUUGGGAAAUAUGGGGUAAAGUUAAGAUUUUGCCAAAAGGCAGAGUUCCUGCCUUUUCUGGCUAACUGUCAAUGCAUCACUGCAUAUGGGGAGUGCCCCCAGAAGGCCAUUUGUCUAUACUUAAUGUCCCAUGUUUUCCAUCCUUAGUAACAGGGUCAAUCUUUCUUAAACACACACCCCUUUGUCCUUUUGUGUGGUCAAUGGAGAAUUUUAGCCUUGACCACAAAGGGGAUGUGUCAACUUGAAAUCUUUAAACCCCAAGUUUGCCCCUAUCCCUUGUUUCCAUCUGAAUAAUAGACCUAAAAUAAUUAAUGAUUCCAGUUUAGGUGAACUAGCAGAUAAAAUCAAAUGUUAAGCACUCUUUUUAUCUUUGAAGUUUCUCCCAUUGUAUCAAAGUCCUCUCGUAGGUAGCCUAGCUCUUUGCUCAGACUCUGCCUUUAGUAUCCAUUGUAAAGCAUCAGUCUCACCCUGAUAAUCUCAUCUUGGACUUCUCAUUUCCUUGUAGCCAUUGUAAAGCCAAUCAAUCAUACUUCCCUGUCUUUAGUUCCCCAAAAGGUAUAUAAGAGUCCUAUGUUUUAUUAUUCUUUGGAGAAUCAUCUAGUGUGGUGAUUCUCUCGGAGACACCAUUCCUGGAGUCCCAGAGCCUUGGUUCUAUGGAGUUUUUAAACUCUUGACUCUUGUGUGGUGGCUGAAUAUUGAGCACUGUCUCUUGUCCUGAUUAAAGAUUUGGUUUUAUUACUACUUUAGUGGUUCUGUGUUUCUUCAAGUUGGCAAAUCUAUGGCCUGAGUGCUGGAGGGGGGCUCCUCCCUCUUCACCAUGCCUGAGGACAUUUCUCUCAUCACCAGCCUCUCUGCCCAGCAGCCCAAUGGGAGUGCUUCCUCCCUCCCCUGUCUGAGAUAACGUACAGGGGCUCACAUGUGGCAGAGGGUUGCAAUUUGGGCACUCAGACUCUAAAAGGUUCACCAUCACUGGUCUAGAAGGAGCCUUGGAGCAGUGAACCCCAGUAAUAUAUGAUCAGUUCAUUACAUGUAAAAUGCUAAUGAAGCUUCCACAGUGAGUAAGUUAGUGUGAAUUUUAUUAGAGAAAGAGGUUUCUGGCUGUUGUCCCCCAGGCUUAGCCUUAGGGUGGAAUGGUUUGUGAAGCCCAGAGUACUGGAGAGUAGAAUUUCUCAGUGCUACCUACUAUGAUUAUGAAAUAGCUUUAGACUCACUUCUCCAGCCUGAGCCCCUCCCUGAUUUCCCUCUCUGUCGCAUUGAAGAAGCCAUAAGGUUUGACAGAUGAUUGAGCUUAGAGCUUUCUUAUAAAAUGCAGUCACUUUUUGCCUGAAGCAAUGAUAAUAUCUAUCUGGAAACCAGCAAAAGCUGGCUUUCUGAGUCCUUUAAUACACAGACACUUUUUAGUGAAUUUAGCUUCAGUAAAAAGCAUGAUUGAUGGUCUAAGAAUAGGAUAUUCCUUGUACAACAAUUAGGAUGUUGGCCUUGGAAAUGGAGCUCCUUAUUGGUCUUAGAAAGGGUUAGUUCUUAGGAUCAGUGAUUUAGAGUGAAGAGGUUUUACCCUGAUUUUUACCCUGAUUCUACAUUUUGUAGAUGAGGAAAUAGAUGUUGGAAGAUGUAAUAAUUUCCCCAAGGUAAAAUAAGUUUAGUAAGAAUGCUUCAGAGGUGGGAUUUGGGUCUAGAUCCUCUACCUGCAAAGUCCACUAUUUUCUCUCUCCUGUGGUUCUAAGAAGCUGUAGCAUGUGUAGUGACCACAUCCUGGUAAAACCUUCUCAAUAGGCAGCCUAAACCAGUUUGAGGCUAACUGACAAGCCUCAAACCCGUUAGUGACUUAAGGGGGUGUCUAUCCCCAGCAUGUGAAGAAUUCCCCUGGAGGAAUGGGCAGAUGAGAACAAUUCAUUCCAAUGGCCAUGAAGGUGGCUAGAGUAGGCUCUACAGAAUACUUAGAGCUUGGUCAGACAUCUAAGAUGCCAAAGUCAUCCACUGUAUCCUGGGCCAUUGACAGUCAUCCUGAGUUUUGUUGUGCUACUGGAUUUUGAUGAUUCUGGAAGAAAAAAUGAGGCUGAGGACUUUGUGCAGCUCUGCCUCACUUUAAUGUAUUCACAAGUCAAGACAUCACCUUCAUGAUGACAUUGAUCCUCUUCAAAAACAAAGGGUAGGGGCACCAGUGGUUUGAGAGCUAGACCUAGAAAUAAGAGGUCCUGCCUUCAAAUCUGACCUCAGACACUUCCUACCUAUGUAUCCCUGGGCAAGUCACUUAAUCCCUAUUGCCUAAACCUUACUGUACUUCUGCCUUAGAACCAAUAUACAGUACUGAUUCCAGGACAGAAGGUUAGGGUUAAAAAAGGAAAAGGGUUGAACAGAAAAACUGUUCUCUGAAAAUCUAGAUCUCUUUAGGUUCAGCACCCCUUCCACUACAUACUCUCCUUAGCUAUUAAUAUGGAACUUAAGAGCUGGAAGAGAUGUUCAAAGUAAUCUAGCUCAGCCACUUCAUUUUCCAGAUUAGGAAAUUGAGAAAGAGAGAUCAAGUCUCAUAGUCACACAAUAAACAGCAAAAGUGGAUGUGAACUCAGAUCUUCUGACUCUUAGUCUAAUGCCUUUUCUGUAUAUCUACUCUUUGCAACUUUCCACUAAAAAUUUCAAUAAAUUUUUCUUUGAUGCUGUUUUCUCCUGAUGCCACUUUUGGAUCAGUUACUUAUGAAGUUGUGCGAUGCGGCCAGUAAAUGGGCUAUAUGAUCUAAAUUACUCAUAAUUAAAAAUAGAUGUCACUAAUAAUUAGAGAAAUACAAAUUAAAACAGUGGCCAGUGAGAUGGCACAGCAGAAACAAUACUGGGCCUACUAGAAUCAGAAAGACCUAAGUUCAAAUCCAGCCUCAGAUAUUUAUUGGCUGUAUGAUCCUAGGCAAGUGAUUUAACCAUAGGUACCUCAGUUUCCUCAUCUGGAAAAGGUGGAGAAGGUAAUUGCACUGUAGGAUCUUUGCUAAGAAAACUUCAAAAUGGAGUCAUAAAGAGUGGGGCACAACUGAGAUGACUGAACAAGAAAAAUUAAAACAACUCUGAGGCUUUAUUACUUACUAGAUUAGCAAAGCUGACACAAAAGGAAACUGACAAAUGCUAAAAGGACUCUGGGAAAAUAGGUACAUUAAUGUACUAUUAGUAGAGUUUUGUAACCUAGUCCAGCCACCCUGGAAAGCAAUUUGGAGCUGUGAAAGGCAAUUUUUUUAUUCCCUUUGUCUAUUUUAAGUUAAUCAACCAGGAACUUGAAGUACCCCUACUUAACACUUAGUAAGUCACUAACAAAGAGAGUUCAUACAUACUUAGUCAUUAACAUUUUGUUAAUCCUAAAAGACCACAAGCACUGACCCCCCUCUUCCUUCCCCAGUGGUAGGCAAAUUGAGAGACUUUGGUUCCUAAGAUGUGAUAGACCAGCCUAUAAGUGAAAGGAAGGAAAAACCAGAGAGACAGGAAGUGAUGUGGAGAAAACUGCUUAUAUGCCAAGGACAUUCUGAGGGACUUCUGCUGCCUUGGUGCCUCUUGCUGAGGAAGGACUUAUGUGUUGGAGUCUUUUGCCUUGGACUUCUGCACUGGAGAUUGAUUCUGUGCUGGUAAGACUCUUGCUGAAGAGACUACCGUGACUCCUGGUUGGAGAUCAGGAUGUGAGGGACCCUUUGUUGGAGCUGAGCUGGAUUUCUUCAGAUCCGCAAUUAUAGGGUAUUUAGCUAGGCAAUAUUUUCUACCUUCUUCCUACAUUUCCCUCUUUACAAUCUCUACCCUGCUGUAACAAAGCUACUAAAGCUACUAAUAGACUCAGUUUCGUUUUUAAUUUUUAUAAAUGGUGACCACAAGAAGUUUUUUAAUUAUUACAAAGCAAUGUUCAAAAAACUAUUAAACUGUGCAUAUCUUUUGACCCGAUAAUACCACUACUCAGGCUGUACCAAAAGAGAUCAAAGAAAGAGGAAAAGAACUUAUGUUUUAAAAAAAAAUUAUACCAGAUAGCAAGGAAUUGGAAACUGAGGGAGUGCCACUCAAUUGGGGAAUGGCUGAACACGUUACAUUGUAUGAUUGCAAUGGAAUACUAUCAUGUUAUAAGACAUAAUAAAGGGGAUAAUUUCAGGGGGAAGAUUUGUAUGAACUAAUGCAAAGCUUGAUGAGCUGAACCAGGAGAACAAUUGAUGAAAUAACAAUGGUACUGUAAAGAUAAACAAUUUUGAAAGAUUUUGUAACUGAUCCACACAAUGGAACCACUCCAUAGUUCUAGAAAUGAAACAUGCUUCUCACCUCUUGAUAGAAAAGUGAUGGAUUCAGAGUGCAUUUUGAGACAUAUUUGGUUUUGGACAUGCCUGAUGAAGGAAUUUGUUUAGCUGGAUUCUACAUGUUUUUAUAAGAGGAGCUUUGUUGUUGUUUGCUUCCUCAGUAUAGGGGAUAAGGGGGAAUGGGAAGGAGAAAUAAGGAGAGGUUUGGGGGAAGCAUUGUAGAAUGUGAUAUUUUUUGCUAUUUUCUGAAAAGUUACAAAAAGAACUGAUGUUCAAAAUCUUACCAAAUCAGGAAAAUUAUUCUCCUCUAUCACCUUCAUAUACUCAUAUAGAGUAGUUGCUAUUAAAUAUUCCUCUCUCACCACAUUUCAAUAACUUUCAGGGAGGCAUAGCUGAUAGAUAAACUAAGUUUCUCCCUUCAGGAUCUCAAAUGCCUGAUCAUGAAGAUAGCCCCUCAAUAUUGUACUCUCUUCCUUCCCUACUAGGUCAUAAAAGAAAAUGCAGUUGGUGGUGCAGUGGUUAGAGCUCUUGGCCUGGAAUCAGGAAUGUCUGAGUUUAAACCUGGUCUCAGAUACUUCUUAGCUGUGUGAUCUUGGAUAAAUCACUUAACCUCUGUUUGCCUCAGUUUCCAUAACUAUAAAAUGAGAGUAAUAAGAGCACCUAAUUCCCAGGGUUUCUUUGAAUAUAAAAUAAGAUAAAAUUUAUAAAAAGUACUUAGCACAUAGUAGGAACUAUAGAAAUGCUUCUUCUUUUCUCCUCUCCUCUCUACUCCACACUUAUCAUGAAAGUUAAUUAUUGUAAGGCUGGGCCUAACUUAAUAUAGUAUUUUGUGUGUGAAGUUUAAAAUAUAAUUAGGCAUUAUAGACCUUAAGAUGUAUCUAAAACCAUUUUAUCAAUAUAAUUCUGGUUUCCAGCCAAGCCUGGAAUAUUUUUUUAAAAUAGUUUAUUAUUUUCAUUUUUAAUAAAGAAAAAAUUUUAAAAUGUUAAUGUCUCUUCCACUACUCUCACCCCCAUCGAGCAAAUAAAAAUAAAAUAAGUAAACACUUUUAUAUAGCUGCAUACUCCAAUCAAACAACUUCCCAUACUAGUCAAAAACUUUUCUCUCUCUGUAUAUUAAGUUCAUCACUUCUCUGUGAAGAGAACAUUCAACUUCAUUCUUCGGUACUUAUAGUUUAUCAUUGUGUUGAUUAGAGUUCUAAAUGCCUUCAAAGUUAUUUUUCACUGCAGUGUUAUUAAAUUGUCCUCCCAGCUCUACUCACUGCAUUGAUUCAUAAAAGUCUUUCCAGUAUUCUCUGGAUAUUUUCCAUGUCAUCAUUUCUUAUAGCAUAUUGAUUUACUACAUUAUAUUCAUAUGCCACAAUUUGUUUAGUCAUUCCCUAAUAGGAGGACAUAUCACAUCCCACCCCCCAUCCAGUUUCCUUUUUUUUUGGCUACUAUGAAAAGAACUGCUAUGAAAUCUUUUUUAUUUAUGGGUCAUUUUCCUUUUUCAUUGA